CCCACUUGCUAUUCAUAGAUAUUGUCUACAGCUACGUCUAGCUGUUGUCGACUGGAGACUAUCGUACGUGUGCAAGCGUUUCAGAUAAAACAGCUACAAAGAUGUGGAAGAGAGAAAAAAUGUGGAUGAUUAAGCCACCUACUGAGCACCCAAAGGAGUCGAAAUACAGGCCUGUGCUGGAGAGUUUAGUCCCCCGUGACCCUAUGAGCAGGUUCAAUCUGAAGAGAAGUUCCCCUAAAGAUGAGUUCCCAAACCUGGACAGAAACCGCACCCUCAUGGGCCGAAUCCUCGACCUGCACAUGUACACGCGACAGUUCAACCGGGCGACAGAAAGCGGGGUCAUUUUUGAUGAUAUCAUACGCCCUGGACUCGAGGAUCCGGGACAGUCCGUAGGACCAAAAGCAGUCGGCUGUUUAGCUGGAGAUGCUCAAUCAUAUAUCCUGUUCUGUGACUUUUUUGACCGUAUUAUCGAGUCUUACCACGCCUACAAGGUCACCACCGACACUGUACAAGAGAGCGACUUCAAUUAUGACAACCUGAAGGGAGGUGAUGACUUUGACCAGGCAUAUGCUUUGAGUUGUGAGGUGACUGUGGGCCGCAGCAUAGAGGAUUACUCCUUCCCUACACACUGCAGCAGAGGGGAGCGCAGACAGCUCCUCACACUGGCCAAAACAGCUUUGGAGCAGUUGGCUGAGGAUCUGCCAGGAAAGCUUUACUCCAUAGAUGAACUCAGCCAUGAGACUGAAGACCGAGGGGUUGUGAUGGACGCUCCACCAUCUUUUCUGAUGAAGAUCGGUGUGGCUCGUGACUGGCCUGAUGCGAGGGCUCUGUGGUUGAGCAAGGACGGGACCCUGGCUGUCUGGGUUAACAUGGAAGACCAUCUGAAACUAGUGUCUUAUAGAAGUGAUGCUUGCUUACAAGAAGCAUUUAAAACUAUCUGCAUCAAUGUGUUGAAGAUGGAGGCAGUAUAUAAUAAACGAAGACACCCAUUUAUCUGGAAGCCUCACCUGGGCUGGGUGAUCAGCUCUCCUGCAGAGGUGGGCACAGGCCUGAAGGCAAGUGUCACAGUGAAACUGCUACAUCUCGCAGAGAACAAACGCAUGGAUGACAUCUUGGACAGACUACGACUGCAGAUGGAAGCAACAAGCUGUCCAGGCGUCUACAAAAUCAGCAACCUGCAGACCAUUGGGUUUACUGAAGUGUGGCUGACCCAGCUAGUGGUGGACGGGGUCAAACUCCUCAUCCGAAUGGAGAAAAGACUGGAGAACAACAGCGGCAUUGAUGACCUGGUGCCGACUCGGAAGUGAA